UAUCGGGCGGAUGUUUUUCGCGAGAAUAAUACGCCGAGUCGUCGGAUCGUCGUCGUUGCGUGAUAUCAGAUGCACGAGACGGGCUAUAGCCAAUUCUUUAAAUUUGGACAUUGUCGCAAUUUUUGUGGUACAUACACACGUACCACGACUGACCACGUGGGCUGCAUACACCGAAUAACGCAAGCACUGCAUUCAUUCAGCGAGUGUAUCACGUGAUACUGUCAUCUGUCGCAUUGAGAACGUGAUCGAGACGACGAGAUACGCCGGAGGUUUCACCGAGAGUCUACGCGUCGACGAAAGAGGUUAGGUUGCCGAUCGUAAAUAGUGUCACGUGCAUUCGAAAAUUGCGAAUCUCGUUUCGAGAAUUCCAGAGCGGAAAGGUAGGGAAAAUGCAACAUCGUUAAUUGCGUAAAUCGUAACUAUCGACUUUAAGAUUUCUUAUCAAAUCAGUUACAGCCGAUCAAAACUGCUGCGCGAUAGAAAUAUGACCGAUUACUUUACAAUUGCAUGAAAAAAGUUUCAUAUGAUGUUAUAAAGUAAGAUUAAGAGAAUUACGGAAAUAUAUUGUUUGUAUAGCGUCGGUGCUCUGAAUCGAAAAAUUGUAUGUGUAGCUUGUUAACAAAAGAUAGAAUAUAUAUUCCACUCGUUUUUACAUUGAUUAAGUUUGACAAAGAUAGGAAAAUAUGGUAGAUCAAGGCCUGUUCUCGGAGCACAUGUAUAACAAGAAGUUUCAAGAAGAAUUCAAAGAGUACUGGCACUCCCAAUCUGAUUUUAAAAAUGUCGAUUUUGAAAUUAUAUCAAAGCCCUUUAGGAUUUGUAGAAUAUCAAAUUUUUUAAAAAACGAGAGGUUUAUAGAGAAUUUAAAGUGCGAAUUGGAAAAUCAUGAUCAUAAACGCAAAGUUACUGAUCUCUAUCAAUUUGAGAAAACUGAUGAUUUGUGUGAUGCCUCCGACUACUGUACCCAGAUGUUGUACAAAUCUUUCCAAAAAGAUUUGGCAUUGUGGAUGGAGCGCAAUACGAAUAUUAAGCUAAACAAAACUAUCUCAAUGUCAAGUGCUCGUUACUAUGAAACAGAUUAUUUAUUGUGUCAUGACGAUGAUAUGGGUGAUAGAAGAAUAGCUUAUAUAUUAUAUUUGUCAAAAGGUUGGACAGAAGAAGACGGAGGUGCUUUAGAUCUUUUUGAUACGGAUGAGCAUGGUUCACCUAUGAAAGUAGUAAAAUCAUUAAUUCCGGAAUAUAAUUCUCUUGUAUUCUUCGAAGUUGUAGACAAUUCCUAUCAUCAAGUAGCCGAAGUAAUGACCGAUGACAAAUGCCGGUGGUCAAUUAAUGGUUGGUUUCACGGUCCUUUAAAAGAAUGUUAUCAAGCUAAAUCGCCAAGACCUGAAUCAAUAAAAAAUUUCAUAGAACCGAGCACCACCGAAGUAGAAUUAAGUUCUUGGAUCUCUAAACGUUAUCUAUUACCCAAUAUAAUGGAUCAAAUUCAUGAGAAUGUCAUGAAAGAACCUUACACAUUUCUUGAAAACUUUUUAAAAGAAUCUGUAUUCAAGCAAAUUGCGAAUGAUUUGACGUCACAAGAUAUUAGUUGGCAGAUGAUUGGCCCUGCGGACAUACGUCAUUACGAGAUAGCCGAUGAACAAACCUUACCAAAACUAUUGAAAGAUUUUUAUAAUUUAUUUAAAUCUAUCUCCUUUUUUCAAUUGCUACGGAAAUACACGGGGCUUGAUCUUGUGCCCGACGAGAAGACUAUGAAACCUAAGAUGACGAUAGAAUUGCAGAGAUGGUCGGCGGGGUGCUAUACAUUACUGUAUGAUAAAUCGCUAUUGAAAGAUAGCUCAGAUGAUGUAAAAACUCCCCAACUCGACGACGACGUAAAUAUUACAGCAUCGGCUGGUGCAUCGACGUCAAAGUCCUCGACUGAAAGAAUCUUGAAUACAAGUCAAUUGAAAAGGAAAAGGCUCGGCUCUUCUUGUCCAACUGUCACAAAUUUGUCUCAUAAAAAGGUAACUAAAUAUCUCGAUACCCAAUCUGACGUUAGCACGCAAUCCCUGAGUAAGGACCUCGGACAUGAUGCGGAUGCGAGCAAAACUUCUUCGCUUCAAGAUGAGGAAUUGUCUCCUAGUGACACAUCAGCCAGUGACAGCGAGAAUGAUUCCAUCAAUAAAGAAGAAUACACGCUUGACCUGAUAAUACAAUUUCACACAGAAAACGAGCAGGGAGUACCAAAAACAGGCGACACGAUAGAUUUUAUAGAUCCUAGUCAAGAGCAAGGCACUCUAAUUCAAAUACCAACGUUAGAUAAUCAUUUUUGUCUAGUUUAUAGGUCAUUGAUGGUAUAUCGUCUUCAACAGUAUUUGAAUCAUCUCUAUGAAGGCUAUUCUUAUAAUUUGAUAUGUUCGUAUUAUGAAUAAUCGCGCAUGUAGUGUAGUAUUAAACUCUCGUUAUAAAUUGAUAUCGUUCUAUCGAAGAAAAUCUAAAGAAAGAAAGACCAAAAUUAUUUUUUAAUUAUUUGAUUCUGUUAACGAAAAUAGCAGUCUUGGAUCGAGAUAACAAUAUUUGUUUUGCGAAUGAAUUGUAAAUAUAAUAUUCGUAUUUUAAUAAAAUUUAUCGUGAGGAACAAGUGAAAUUUUCUUUUUAGUAAAAAAAUACGUUAGCCGUGAUAGUUAGGUAUGCAUGAAAAAAAUUGCGGAUAUUAUUCACGAAAAAGUUAAGAAAUUAAUUUAAUAAAUAUACCAAAGAAUGCUAAUACUGAUGUUAAAUAAGAUAAUUAGUAAAGAUAUAGUAAAUAAAUAUAUAUUCC